AUGCGCCUUCUUGGCGUUCUUCUUCUGCGUAUUCAAGGAAAAAAUACAGCCGUGCAAGUGUUCAUACCAAAAGGAUCGUGCUACUCGAUGACCCUCAGGGACAAGCAUGUAUGCAUCGAGGACGCGAUGAAGAACAACUGCCCGAUCUGCUACGAGUACCUGUUCGACUCCCUGAGGGAGGCGUCGGUGCUGCGGUGCGGCCACACCAUGCACCUGCACUGCUUCCACGAGAUGCUCAAGCACGACAAGUUCACUUGCCCCAUGUGUUCCGUGUCCAUCUUUGACAUGGAGAAAUUCUUGAGGGCCUUGGAUGCCGAGAUUGAGGCGAGCUUCUUACACAUGGGAAAGGGAUGGAUCGUCUGCAACGACUGCUGGGACACGACCAGAGUGUAUCCGGGCAUGGCGGGGCAGAGGAAGUGUUGCCACUGCCAGUCCUACAACACCUGCAGGGUCGCUCCAUCGGUGCUGCCGGCCUAGUAGACAUGAUAGUAUGAUACCCGCGUCGGUGACGACUAUGGUUAUUUAGUACGUAGCUGCCAUUGAUGUAUUAUUUCCAGUUCAACAUGAGCUGUGCAGACUGCAGAAGCAUUAUAUACGGUGUCAAUUUAUAU